AAGCCCAAGACUGUCAUGCUGGACCCGAAAACAGAUCCGCCGCCCCGCCAUCUACUGUCCGGGGUCUACCACUCUCCUCCUCUUUUAUUCACGCCCUAAUUUCAUUUCCCUCCAAAGUCCAUACUCUCUCUCCAGCUGUUCAAAAAAAAAAAAAAAAAAAAAAUUCAGAAAUCAAAAAGGUAUUUUUCACCGAUUGAUUUGAGCAAUGAGCAGACGAUUGAGAGCAUUCAAACGUUGGAUGAGAUCUCAACGUAUCGAUUGCAGCAACGCGCUACAACUCAUCGACGGCGAUGAUGGCAUCUCGGUGAGAGCUCUCUGUGACUUGAAGGAAGGGGAUCUUGUAGCAACCAUACCCAUAAAUGCUUGCCUGACAAUCAAGACAUCGGCGGGCCGUGAAAUGAUUGAAGAUGCCGGUUUGGCUGGCUAUCUUGGCCUUUCGUUGGCUGUCAUGUAUGAGAGAAGUUUAGGUCAUGCAUCCGUUUGGGAUGGCUAUCUCCAGCUUCUGCCGGAGAAAGAGUGCGUUCCGCUCGUGUGGAGUUUGGAGGAAGUCGAUGAACUUCUUUCCGGAACAGAACUCCACAAGAUAGUGAAGGAAGACAAGGCUCUUCUCUAUGAGGACUGGAAAGAGUCUAUUGCACCCCUUAUAGCAAAUGGGGCUUUCAAGCUCGACCCAACUAAUUUUGGCAUUGAACAGUAUUUUGCUGCAAGAAGUCUUGUUUCAUCACGUUCCUUCGAAGUUGAUGAUUAUCAUGGCUUUGGAAUGGUGCCAUUGGCAGAUCUCUUUAAUCACAAAACUGGUGCUGAGAACGUCCACUUCUUUUCAACAUCGCCCCUUUCUGGCUCUGACAAUGACAAUGACAAUGACAGCGAUAACCAAGAUGUGUUUAGGAAUAAUGAUGGUGAUAAACCAUCAAAUGAAGGUCUUGAUACGGACACUUCCGACCAUAUUUUGAAUCAACUUGACCCCAAGAGAAGUAUGUCUUCGACUGUUGCAGCUGGACAAAAUUUCCUGGACAGUAAUGAGGUGUACCAUUCAGAUUCUGGAGAUGAACCUGCAGCUCUAGAAAUGGGCGUUGUGAAAGGUGUCAAAGCAGGAGAUGAGGUCUUCAAUACAUAUGGCUCCAUGGGCAAUGCUGCCUUACUUCACCGUUAUGGAUUUACAGAGCUUGGUAAUCAAUUUGACAUUGUGAACAUCGAGCUAAACUUAGUAAUUCAGUGGAUUUUGAAGUCGUUCUCCAGCCGGUACUGUAGAGCAAGGCUAUCACUUUGGAGGAGACUAGAUUAUUCAGGCUGCACCAGCGAGAAUUCCGAAUAUUUCGAGAUUUCAUAUGAUGGGGAGCCUGAGUUGGAGCUUCUGAUUCUCCUUUACAUUGUUUUCUUGCCGGAGGAAGCCUAUCAGAAGCUGAAUUGUACUGUAUCUUCCAUCAUGGAUGUUGAUAAACCCAUGAACAUCCUCUUGCUGACUAAAAACAGUGGAAGUUUUUUAAAAACACAGGAAGAGACAAAGGAGUUGUUGCUGACGGGCGGUGUUCGUCAUGCACUUGUGUCACUCGCUAACAUUCGGGAGAGUUUGUAUGGCUUGAAUUCAUUGGAGGAUGACAUGAAUGCACUGAAGAAGUGCUGUCAUUUGCAGGAACGGAAACUGUAUCAUUCUUUGGUUCUGCGCAUAAGCGAGCGGAUGAUCCUCAAGAAGCUUAGAUUGAAUGUUUCUAGGUCAUGUAAAAAGCGGAAGAGAAAGCUAUGAGGGGAAGCUGAAUAUAUGCAAAGUAGAUGAAAAAGAGCUCCAGGGUUAUUGAUUUCUUCUCUCUGAUGGUAGGGGUUUUUGAUCUUUUAUCCAUUUCUCUUUUUAGAAUGGAAGAAUUGGUAGGAUUUCAGAUAAAUGGCCGCAAAAGAUGUAUUAUUAUUAUUAUGCCAGAGAAGAAUGCUCAGAUAAGAGGCAUUACGUA